AUGCGUAUGACUUUUGCGAUUAGGAUGCACAAGCAGGGCGCCAUGCAGGAUCUGGAACAUCGUUUGACGGACAUGCAGAGCCGGUAUGACAUCCUUGCUCACCACGUGCUGCAACUUGGCGAAGAAAAAUCGUCUCUCCUGGAGGCGUUGAGAGAGCGGCAGAGUCAGCUGGACCUGUGCUUGGCGCAGCUGCAGAUCCUGGACCGGAAUUCAAAGGGUCUAAAGCAGUGGGAACAGCGUGUGCUGGAGCUGGAGAAGGAGCUCGCCGCGCUGAAGGACCAGCACGCUGCGGAGCGGAAGAAGUACAUGGACGAGAUCAGCCAGUUGACUAACAUGUUGAAGGACUGUGGAGAGGCCCGGAAGGCUUUGGAGGAUGCGUUGGCCAAGGCCAAGGCAGGCGGCGGCGGUGCCGGCGGUGGGGGCGCGGGUGGGGGCGCAGGCGGUGGCGCUGGCGGCAGUGGCGGCUUGGGAGGGCUGAUGGAUAAGUUCAAGGGUGGCGCGGGUGCAGGUGGCAAGGGCGGCAAGGGCGGUUUGUCGGUCAAGCUGGACGUGGGUGGUUCGGGCUUGAACAAGCCGAAGGCGCCGACGGGCACCAUGAAGGAGGAAGUGAAGGCCGCAAAGAAGGAGAAGACAUACAAGGAGGGUACGGAGAAGAUUGACGCGAGCAAGGACGCGGGCGAGGUGAACAAGAAGGCGCCGGAGGAGGCGAUUCGGCACCGCGGCUUGGUGAUCAAGGUGCGCUGGCACCCGACUUCGGGCAAGCAUACGUUCGGCACGCGGUAUCUGCAGGUUGACUCGAAGACGGCGCGGCUGGGUUGGUCGAAGGGCGAGGGCGACGUGGUGAGCAAGGUGAUAAAGCUGGACGAGAUUGCCCGCGUGGCCUACGGCUACGCGUCGCACAUGACGGACUACAAGCGGCGGUUCGACUGUCCACCGGGCGCGAACACGCCUUCCUCGGGUUCGGGCGCCGAGGACCAGCUCACGGCGCCGCCAGUGGGUGCGCCGAAGGGGUUGUUGGCCACAUGGCCGCGCAUUUCCCUGACGUCCUGCUUCACGAUUGUGACGAAGGAGGGCCGCGUCUUCGACUUCUUCACGGCGACGGACUCUGAGGCGUUCGACUGGAUUAUGCGGCUCAGUCGCGUGCUCAAGCCGCACGGUGUGGCCGGUCUGCACGACCGCAUUUCGUUCUUGGCUGCUCGUGGUUGGACGCGGCUCAUUGAGCAGUGUUGUAUCCGCCAGAUCACCUGCAGACGGUUGUUGAUUGAGGGAAUGGAGAAGGCCGGCGUCUUUGCGGCUUCCACGGGGCUUGGUACCGGCGGCGGUCAGCGUAAGCCGCGUGUGUCUGCGACCAAAACAGGCGGCACCAAUGCCAAAGUUUUCAAGGGCGGCGCCGGCCUCGUCUUCCGCGGCGCCAGCGGCCAACCUACCGCACCCACGGACCGCUCCUGGAUUAAGCAGAAGGGCGGGGCGAAGAAGGAAGAGGCCAAAGGCGGUACGGAGGUGAAGAAGGACGCGAAGCCCGUGGGCAAGCCGGACGAGAAGGCCGCCAAGCCCGCAGCGGCCAAACCUGCGGAUGCGAAACCCCCGGCGGCGAAGCCUGCAGAGGCCAAGACGGCCAAACCCGCAGGCGAAGCCAAACCGGCAACCGCCACCAAGAUACUGCCCAAGAAGGCCAGUGAACCACCCAAGAAAGGCUAA